AGUUCCUACCGCGCUGCAUUGUGGGAAACAUAGUUCGCCUGUUGGUUGGGAAAGAUGGCAAGCGUGCAGCCGCCUCCCCUCCGCAGCCUGGAUGAUUUUCUGCUGAGCUCGGCUCGCUUUGCGGUGCCAGAUGUGCGGGAGCUGGAGCGGUGGAACAACCGCGUGAUUAACAACCUGCUGUACUAUCAGAGCAAUUACUUCCUGUGCGCGCUGGGCUUCCUGCUGGUUGUGGGGUAUUUCCAGCCCCUCCAGCUGUUUGUCGGGAUGACGGUCGUCACCGUGCUCUUCCUGGGCUUCGUCUGGGCCGCAGAGAACAAAGCUCCCGUCCGCCGUUUCCGUAGAAACCACCCGUUAGUCACCGUGCUCGCCAUUCUCUUGGCCAGUUACGUCUUCGUGUCACUGCUGGGAGGAGUGGCCGUGUUCCUGUUUGGGAUAGCCUUCCCAGUGCUGAUGGUGCUCGUCCACGCAUCCAUGAGGCUCCGUAACCUGAAGAACAAGCUGGAGAACAAACUGGAGAGCAUCGGUCUGAAGAGGACACCCAUGGGGCUCCUCCUGGAGGCGCUGGGACAGGAACAGGAGGCGGGGUCCUAACAAGGAGGAGCAGGAGAACAGAAUGUUUGAUUCACGGAUCACAAACCAGAAGAAACAUUCCCAAACUUGAACAGAUGAAAUUAUUGUACGUUUAUUUUAUUUAAAUGUGUUUUAGGACAGAAGGAGGGGACCCGUUUAUGGGAUCUUCUGCCAGUUGGAUAAUAAUGAAGUAGAGCUCAUCUAGUCCAAUGAGUUUCCAACCUGUUCUCCAGAUCCGCUGUAGGUACCAGAUCUGCUCGGGACCCCGACCCUUUCUUAUGAUGUCAUCAUAUGGCAACCCCACUCAGACAAACUGUAUUGCACCCAUCUCUUAAAGAAUCUGAUCUUUUUUGAAGUCUCAACAUAUUAUUACCCAUAUUUGCUGUUAUUUUACAUUUCACUGGCGAUCUGUAGCCGAAAGUGGAAAACAAUCAUACUGAGUGUUGAAGGAAAGUGGACUGAGCUCUGCUAUUUAACAAGGUGACACAAAAA